AUUAAAUAAAAGAGUUUAUUUAAUAAGAAAAUAUUUUCGCAAACCGACUUGUAAAUCUUGGACGAAAAUCAGUGGCGGGCCUGGCAGAACAUGGGAUCCGUGUACAAGUCUAGCUUGUAGUUUUAGUUGGUGAAGAGAGGGAAGCAAAGGCCUUAAAUCGAAUGGCUCAAAUUGGAACACUGCUACGGCUCUCUUCCAUAUCUUCAUCUUUUGUCAAUGGAGGAGACCCGCGCUCUCUUUCAACCAUAUUCUCUUUCAAACCUCCUACUAAACUUACCUCCUCCAAGUCUCGUUCUUCUACACUUUGCAGAGCUUCAUGGCAAGAGCUGGCGGGAGUGUUGGUAUUUUCAGCAAUUCCCUUCACGGCGGUCAAAGCCAUCGCCAAUAGCCCUCUAGGCGAGUCCCUCCAGAGGCAAUUGUUGGAGAAGAAGAAAGAAGCUCUGGAUAAUUCUUCAAAGUUCCGAGCUUUAGCUGAAAAGGCAAGAAAUGAGAGCUUCUGGUAUGGGGAAGAUCGCCCUCGCUGGCUUGGUCCCAUCCCAUAUGACUAUCCUGAAUACCUUACGGGAGAACUUCCUGGGGAUUAUGGUUUUGAUAUUGCGGGUUUGAGCAAGGAUCCUGUGAAUUUCCAGAAGUACUUCAAUUUUGAAAUACUUCAUGCUCGUUGGGCUAUGCUUGCAGCCCUUGGUGUUGUGGUUCCAGAAAUAUUAGAUCUGCUUGGAGUCUCUCAUUUUGUGGAACCUGUUUGGUGGCGGGUGGGCUAUUCAAAACUUCAGGGAGAGACACUGGACUACCUUGGCAUCCCAGGUCUACACUUAGCUGGAGGGCAAGGAGUAAUUAUCAUUGCUAUUUGCCAGGCCCUCCUGAUGGUUGGACCUGAGUAUGCAAGAUAUUGUGGGAUUGAGGCUUUGGAGCCUCUGGGGAUUUACUUACCGGGCGACAUUAAUUACCCUGGAGGAGUGCUGUUUGACCCAUUGAAUCUGUCCAAAGACCCAGUAGCUUUUGAGGAGCUGAAGGUGAAGGAGAUUAAAAAUGGGCGCUUAGCAAUGGUUGCUUGGUUAGGCUUUUACUUUCAAGCAGCUUUGACAGGUAAAGGUCCCGUACAGAACCUACUUGAGCACCUCGCUGAUCCAUUUCAUAAUAACCUAUUUUCGAUACUCAAAUCCAUGUAAAACCACAUUUUUGUCAUUUGUGCCCAAAAUAUAAACUUUGUAUAAAGAUCUUGAAGACCACUUCUAAGUUUUAAGUUACUAAUUUCCUUGUUUAA